AUGGAGGACAGAGGCCCACCCGCCUUUGAUGAGGACCAGAGAAUGCUGUCCAGGAGCCUUCCUGUGCUGGAGAGCUCAACUGCACAAACCACCUCCGAACCCAGCAAGCCCCUGUCCUCGGCCCGCAGACACCUGAGCAGGAAGAAUGGACUCUCCAAACUCUGCCAGAGCAGGAUGGCACUCCCCGAGGACAGGUGGAGCUCCUACUGCUUGUCAUCACUGGCUGCCCAGAACAUCUGUACAAGUAAAUUGUAUUGCUCCACUGCACCUGAGCAUGCAGACCUGGCUGGGUCCAUGGCUAGUACGUCCUGUUGUUCCCUGCUGAAAGGAUUAUCUUCAGGGUGGUCUGCGCCUCUGCUCCCCGCCUAUGUGUACAACCCCAACAAGGCUGUCUUCACUGUGGAUGCCAAGACCACAGAGAUUCUAGUUGCCAACGACAAUGCCUGCAGGCUCUUGGGGUACAGCAGCCAUGACCUGAUUGGCCAGAAGCUCAUGCAGUUCUUCCUGAAGUCCGACUCUGACGUGAUGGAAGCCCUCAGUGAGGAGCAUGUGGAGGCGGAUGGCCACGCUGCGGUUGUGUUCGGCACAGUGGUGGAUAUUGUCAGCCGUACUGGGGAGAAGAUCCCAGUCUCUGUGUGGAUGAAGAGGAUGCAGCAGGAGCGUGGCCUGUGCUGCGUGGUGGUUCUGGAGCCUGUGGAGAGGAUCGCUGCAUGGGUCUCUUUCCAGAGUGAUGGAACCGUCGCAGCCUGUGACAGUCACUUUGCUCAUCUCCAUGGGUUUGCCUCUGGGGAGGACGUGUUAGGGCAGCACAUCACAGACCUGAUCCCAUCCAUACAGCUUCCUCCUCCUGGCCAGCAAGUUCCAAAGAGUCUCAAGAUCCAGCGAUCGGUCGGGAAAGCCAGGGACGGCACCACCUUCCCUCUGAGUCUGAAGCUGAAAUCCAAGCCCAGCAGUGAGGCAGCGGCUGAGGGUGCGGCAGCCCAGGGUCUGGGUUACCAGGCGUCCGUCUGGGUGUUCUGCACCAUCAGUGGCCUCAUCACCCUGCUGCCAGAUGGCACCAUCUAUGGCAUCAAUCACAGCUUUGCGCUCAUGCUGUUUGGCUAUGGAAAGAUGGAGCUCCUGGGCAAGAAUAUCACGUUCCUGAUUCCUGCCUUCUAUCACUACAUGGACUUUGCCUGUGACAGUUCUAUAUACCUGCCAGACCUGACCAAUGAGAGUGGGCCUGCAGAGCCGGGCUGGGGCCUGGCCAGUGGAGCCCGAGAUCCAAGGGCUGAUGUGGUGCUCCCACAAGAGGAGACCUUGAAGCUGGUGGAGAGACAAGAAGUCUUGCCGGAGACUCAGACACAGCAGGAGACUGUGCGUCAACCUUCCUCUCACUCGUGUGAGCCCUCCCUGAGUGGGGACGGUGCUCCUGAGGGCGGCUUCUCGGCCCACAGUGAUCAGUCUUCCGAGCAGCAGGACCUACCAGAAGGAAGCCCUCUGGUCCACGCUGAACAGACAGGAUCUGAGAAACAACAAAAAAGCUCGGAAGAAAUCCCACUACCCCAUGACGAGGGUUCGUUGCCUGAGCAGCAUCCUGGCACCACGGGAGGAGGCCCACCAGUCCACACGGAGCAGUCACUGCCUGCAGAGCAGUGCAUCCCUGUCCCUGGCAAGGAGAAUCCAGGAGUGGCAGAGAGUCCCAGGCAAACGCUUUCUGGAGAAAGCAGGUCUCCACCAGCGGAUGCAAAACUGUUUGCUUCCCGUGCAGAUUCGGAGCCUUUGCUCCUGGCGGAGGACAGGAACAGCAGCAUGGACUUGUGUGGUCUGCGUCAGGAAGCUCAGUGGGAGCUUCUGGGAAUCAGCAAUCCCAGCAGCCCCGCCUGGGCUGAUGCCACCAUGCCUGAGCCCCACGCUGCAGGGCAGCCAGCAGGAGGAGGCUUCCCCAUGCACUGUCCUCGGUAUGCAAGUGAGUGGGUCAUGCAGCAGCGAGCCCAGGACCUGGUCCCCAGCUCCCCUGGAAUGGCGGGUGUCUCUCUUGGGACGCCAACUCUGGACGAGCAGUGGCUAGGAGUGAAAAACGACCGAGAAGAGCUGCAGACUUGCUUAAUUAAAGAGCAGCUGUCCAAGUCUAGUUUUUCGGGCACGCUGGGCAUCUCCUAUGUGGAGCUUGUUCCUGCCGAGCACCCGCCCUUUGCCACCCCUGUGUCCUUCUGUGAUCUGGGAGGCACAGACCUACGCAGCAGCCACCUUGGCAGCUCCUCGGCCUGCUAUGCCCUGGCCACCGACCUCCCUGGUGUCCUAGAGACCAUGGAGUCCCAGGAGGACGAUGUGAACUCCUACUCCUGGAAUCUCAAGGAGCUCUUUCUCAGUGACCAGACAGAGCAAGCUUCAUCGAAUUGUUCUUAUGCUACAUCUGAGCUCAGUGAGACACCCUCUCCUUCAGUGGUGGGAUCUGAUUUAGACAUGGGUGGUCUCCGCAGGCAUAAUCCAGAUCCUCUGGGUGAUCGAGAGCUGUUGCUACUGACCGGCACCUACUUCAACCUUAGCGAAGGCCGACAGGACCCACAGAGCCUGGAACCGCCAGAGGUUUCCUUAAAGCCUUCCAAAUACUAUAAAGCAAGUGACCUAGAAAGCUCAGCCUGCAUCCUUGCCAUACCAGACACCAGUCCUGAGGCUGAGUGCCCUGCAGUGGGAGAGCCUGGGCUGAGUACCCAGGUCACCUCCACCCCCAUGACACGCAGAGCUGCCAGCCUGCAGCGGGAGAUCCAGGAGGGCACCUACUCCGGGAGCUGCUUCCACCGAGACGGCCUGCGGCUGAGUAUUCAGUUUGAAGUGAAGCGGGUGGAGCUCCAGGGCUCUGCAACCUUGUUCUGCUGCUGGCUGGUGAAGGACCUCCUGCAUAGCCACCAGGAUUCUGCCACCAGGACCCGCCUGCUCCUUGCCAGUCUGCCUGGCUCCACCCACUCCAUCCACGACAUCUCCCCAUCCAGCCCUGGAGAGGUGCUCAGAACCAAGCCUUGGUUUGAGGAGCCUCCAAUGCCUGCAGAGCUGGAGGGGCUGGCGGCCUGUGAGGGCGAGUACUCCCACAAGUACCACACCCUCAGUCCGCUUGGGAGCGGGGCCUUCGGCUUUGUGUGGACCGCCAUGGAUAAGGAGCAAAACAAAGAGGUGGUGGUAAAGUUUAUUAAGAAGGAGAAGGUUUUAGAGGAUUGUUGGAUUGAGGACCCCAAACUUGGAAGAGUUACUUUAGAGAUUGCCAUUCUAUCCAGGGUAGAGCACGUCAACAUCAUCAAGGUACUGGAUGUAUUUGAAAACCAAGGGUUCUUCCAGCUUGUGAUGGAGAAGCAUGGAUCUGGCCUGGACCUCUUUGCUUUCAUUGACCACCAUCCUAACCUGGACGAGCCCCUGGCAAGCUACAUCUUCCGACAGUUGGUGUCCGCCGUGGGGUACCUGCGUGCACAGGGCAUCAUUCAUCGCGAUAUCAAGGAUGAGAACAUUGUCAUCGCCGAGGACUUCACCAUCAAGCUCAUCGACUUCGGCUCAGCUGCCUACUUGGAAAGGGGCAAAUUGUUUUAUACUUUCUGUGGAACGAUCGAGUACUGUGCCCCCGAAGUUCUCAUGGGGAAUCCCUACAGAGGGCCAGAGCUGGAGAUGUGGUCUCUGGGUGUCACCCUGUAUACGCUGAUCUUUGAGGAGAACCCCUUCUGUGAGGUGGAGGAGACCAUGGAGGCCACCUUGCGCCCCCCGUACCUGGUGUCCCAAGAGCUCAUGAACCUCGUGUCUGGGCUGUUGCAGCCUGCCCCUGAGAAGCGCACCACUCUGGAGAAGCUGGUGCAAGACCCGUGGUUGACACAGCCCGUGAACUUGGCUGACUACACUUGGGAAGAGGUGUGUCGGAUCAGCAAGCCAGAGCCUCACCACCUAUGCACCCCAAGUCUGGAGGUGGGAUGCAGGAGCCCUAGCCAAGGGCCUCGUGAUGCAGGGCUGCCCAGGGCGCCCUCUGGCGGUCAGCACAGCCUGGGGCCUGAGGAACCCUCUCCGCCUGUUGGCUGAACCCAAGGCUCCCCUUGUUCUCUACUCAGAGUGGACAAUCACGUGGAUUUUAGGCCCCUCCCAUCCAAAGAAAGUAACUCUCAAGCAUGGGGCCCAA